AUGAUAGUCGUGUCUAAACAAAACAUAGUUCAGAAAAUGAACCGUUGUGGACGAGUCUGUACAUUCAUAAUGUCCUCAUUGAGUUACAGCAGUAAAACCUACCUCCCACAAGCACUUGCAUCCGGCAUAUAUUCUAGGAUAAAUAAGGAUCCGGACAAUGCCUUAUUGGUAAAUACUGUUCCGCAAGGGCGAUCUGCCAAGCGGAAUGCGCAACAAAUAAACUAUGCUGAGUUUGACAAUUUUAACGACGAUUUUGACCAAGACGAGCACCAAACGGCCACAGCCACUACCAAUGCAGUUGCAAAUAAUCAAAUGAGUUCCUCGAGUCUGAAGAUUUUGCUUCGUACCGCGCGUCCAACUGGGCACAUCCCAGAAUUAGACGAUGACCUACGAUUGCUGGAAUUAACUCACAAGAGGGAGGACUUAUUGAUUCCUAUCAAAUUGAAUAUGGAAUACAAUAGUGGCUCUUCCAGAUUAGUUGACUUUUUCAUGUGGAAUGUUAACGAGAGUUUGAUAUCCCCGCAAAGGUUCGCUGCCAUUCUCUGUAAUGAUUUAGAGUUACCAGGCUCCCUUCAAUCCGAAAUCGCAGACUCAAUAUUGAGGCAAAUCGAAGAAUACAAUUUCCUUACCAGUAUACAACUACCAGAACACCAGGAAUACUUUGUUAUUGUGGAUCUAGCCGUGAGUGUGGGCAAGAAGUUGUACGAGGAUAGGUUUGAGUGGGAUUUACAACAGACAGAUGUGGCUCCCGAAGUCUUUGCGGAAUCUGUGGUGGCAGAUCUCGGUCUUGAAUUAGAGUUCAAACCUGCCAUUGCACAUUCGUUAUAUGAAGUGAUCUACAGGUUGAAAAGAGAGAUUCUGGAAGGUACAUACAAUCAUGAAUUACAGAAGUUUCAGCAAACAGGUGGCCUUCUCUUCGAAUGUGGGAUCCGUAUUACCACCGAGGUGAGUAUACAUAACGGCAACGAUCAAUGGCAUCCGAUGGUAGAGAUUUUAUCUCCAUGGGAGAUCGAAAAACGUGAGAUCGAAAGGGAAAGAAACAUAAGGCGACUCAAGCGAGAAAACAUGAGACGAGAGGUAGAUAGCCAUUACGGUGCGAAAAGGAGAGCUUUGAAUGGCAGAAGACGAGUUGAUGAACUCAGCAAUGCCUGGAAUGUCUGA